GCGCAACUCGUGCGCUGAGGCGCCCACCGCGGUGCGCCGCAAGUAUGGUGCUGACAAAAUGAUUGCACUUGUCACAGGGUGUCCAAAAAGAAGCGAUGCGGAGUUGAGUCGUCGGAGGAAGGACGCUCGUCCUGUAAAUUCAUUGGCGCUGGAGGAUGGAUGGACGUCGGAUCCUGUUGAACAAGUUAGGCAGCUGAAACUUUCUUUUGCAGAGUUUAUACGUUCCAAGGUGGCCAGUUUAGAAGUGGAGGUGCAAGAACUAAGGUUGAGGGAAAAAAAGCUCCGUGAAAGCUUGCAUGAUACGAGGGACAAGUUGAUACGUAGUGGUACCAACUCAAUGCUGCACGCAUCUCUGAGAAAGGAGGAGCAGCUCCUGGAAGUUCAGCUGGAGCGAGCAACCGCACAGAAGAAGCUUUUGAAGGAAAAAAUCCGCUGGCUGAGAUGGGAGACAUAGGUUGGCUUCUUUUUGACAAAGGCAACAGCAGUGAUCAAUGGGAAAGGUCUCAAGUACCCCAACUGUUUUUUUUUUUUUCUGAAUUUCUGAAAUAUGACAUUGCGUUAAAUAUUGUGCGAAGAAUCGAGUGAAUGAGCGAUAUAAUUGUGUGGUGUUAGUUCAGCUGGGCGUGGCGUGGUUGAGGGAGUAUUACCAGAAUGUUAGGGGCUUGAAACCUUGUCCAUAAACACUGUCGUAUUUUGGGGAACUCAGAAGAAAGGUAGGUGUUUGAGACCUUCCCCCCAAAGCUAAACCACUACCUGUUGUUCAGGUUUUCAGAUGUCGCAUUACUUCUUAUGGCACUUUCCUAGACUGCUAGUGUUGACGUC